AAACCCGAAAACGUCUAACAAGCGUUAGCGGCCAGAUUUCCCCAAACUGAACUCGAAAUUCCACAAUAGCUGCAAGUCAUUGAGAGUGCGAUACGCUGUCCUCUUGUACACCUCCAUACGCAAACAUCACCUCACCCUUUCUUCCCUUUCCACCUUCCUCCGUACUUGUCGCAUAUCUCUUCCGUCAUGGGUCGUUUCUUGGAUCUCGCUCUCCUCCUCCUCGGUUCCCAGGCCGCGGGUGUUUUCGCCCAAGCGGUCGGCGCGGAUAUUGAUGAAGAACUGGAGAGCCCUUCGACGAGCCCUGCCCUCGCAGUCACCGUCGAAGCCUCAUUCCCCGAUGCAGAGAUCUUUGGUAUCAAGCUUGUCAAUGGCAAGCCCACCGAGUCUGUCCUCUCCUUCAUGAACGAGGAACCUGAGCCCGUCGUCGUGCAAUUUGUUGGUGGCAGCUUAUGGUCUCCCGAUCUCGCCAACCCAGUCAUCGUUCGAAACCUGACAACUGCUCAAUAUGCCAUUGAGAUUCCAGCCGGUGAGAAGCAGAGUCUCCCGUACCGCUUCACGACAAACAUGCACCCUCAAGACCUGCGCCUCAACUUGGCCGCUGUCAUAAGCUCGCACAACACUUUCUAUACCCUGCAGGCCUUCAAUGGUACUGUGACCAUCGUCGAGCCCGACGCCAGCAUCUUCGAUCCUCAACUUCUGUUCCUCUACUUCUUCCUUCUGGCCUGUGCCGUUGGAGUCGGCUACUUCUUCUACACCAUUUGGAUCGCGCCAUACUUCCCACAGAAGCGCAAGCCAGCAAAGAAAGCUGCUGCUCCAGUCAAGAAAAUCGAUGUGGGUCAGGUCACUUCGGACAGCGAGGGCCCUGUCGUAUCCACCGGCUCCAAGAAGUACAACGAAGAAUGGAUCCCAAGCCACCACAUCCAACGACCUGAAGCUCGUCGUGUUAAGAGCGGUGGCAGACCCAAGAGCCGCGGCAAGCCAGAAACGACCAUUUAAAGGCCCCAGUAUGUUACUUGGCUGGCCGGUCCUUCAUACAUGAGGACUACAUGGAUAUGGGUUGCGAAAACGAAGUUGAACGUGCGGAAGGGAUUGGCAUCUGCGACUCAUAACCAACCAUCAGGACGGCCGAAGCACGAGGACAAUGCAUUUGGAAAGUUGAUCACAUAAAACCAUGAGGUGUCGCAGAAGUGCUGAAGGAAUAUGAAGGGAUGGCGGGCAAGUGUCAUCUCGAAGGGCGCGGUCUCGUGGUGCUCAGAUGAGAUCAUGUCAUGAAGAGCGUGUGGUGCUCAGACACGCAAGUUGUAUGAAAAGCACAAACAGACAAAAGAUAGGAGAUCAGAACCAAGCAAUCAAGAACGCUUUAUCGCAGCGUACAUAUUACACACAA